CACGUCUCCUGCAGUACGCCAGUAACAUAUAACCGUUCUUAAGGAAAUUCUAUGCUGCUAUUCGAGCCACCACAUCGGUAACCACCGCCGCCGCCGCUCCAUCAGGCUCAGGCGGUCGACAACUGCGACUUUCGCGCCAUCAUCUCGGCUGCGAAGCUCCUAGCCUCCAUUUCCUUCCGGCGGCCUGUCUGUGUGAAAGCACUCAUCAAAGGAAGAGAUUGAUUCGUGAAACCAACCAACGUCCUGCUCGAGGCUCCCAGCGCAGCUCAGCGCAGCCCGCCGACACCGACACCACUCAAACAGGCAAACAGCUUCGCACAAUCGCGCCCACAGCAGUUGCAUUCUACUACACGUGCCGCGCCAGUCACUCCUUACAUCCUCUCAGCACAUCUGCGCACCUGCGCACCUGCCCUGCCCUGCAGUAUCCACUCCCACGCCGCAGCUAGGGAAGCGCGACAAGACAGAAGACGCACGUCAGUCGUACGAACCACUUUCGAGCACGAGAAUUGUCGCAUGCGACUCAAUCAGCCUGCACCGCUAUUUCCCUUCGCUUCACUCCUCUGAGCGAGCACACCACCCGCGCCGCCUUAUAUCUGCGCGCGCCCUGCGUCGCUCAAGCCACUCCUGAGAGACGUCAAGCUUCAAUACCGCACCACGCCGCGCCGCGCCGUCGACAUCCAAGAGCACCGCCUGUGACCGCGGAGCACCAUGUCUUCACCUUACGAGAUCCGCACGAACGACAAUGGCAAGACUAAGAAGCAAUCCAUGGCCGAACUGAAGCUCCGACGACUCACCGAGCUCAAUCAGCGAUUGCAGGAGGAUUUGAACCGCAGAAGGAUACCUGUGUCAGAGGCUGCAAUGGACUUGAUCGCAUUCACCGACAAAGAGCCCAAGGAUUUCAUGGUUCCCAGCCGCUGGGGCACAAUCGACAAGCGCGAAGAUCCUUAUGCACCACAGCAAUCCAACGGCUGCUGCUCCGUCAUGUAGCACGUCCACCUAUGAUACCUAAUCUCUCUGGCUUGUUUAUAGCAUCGGCGUUUUCAGCGGACGGUGGUGUUGGGAAAAGAGCGGCGACUUUUCGUGAGCUCGAUUUUGUGUUGUUUGAAAGAAGGCUUCGAGAGCGGCAUGGGGCCGUUAAGUUGCAAAAAUUACAUUGAUGCCGUACAUGGGGACUGGGCGCAAGACAUGUAGAUGAGGUUCUGUACCAGUAACGUCCUGUCCCUCUUCUAAUCGCACUGGCCUUGACUGAAGGUGCAA